GAAAGUAUGCAAAUAUUUCGCUGAAAUAUUAGCUAGCUGCUAGCGAACGAUUUCGCGGUAAGUGAAAAUCCAACCUAAGAUGCACCAAAUCGACGACCAGGACAUGAAGUAAUACUGUCUUAAUUUCCACAGUUUCACAACAGGAAUAAAGAUUAUGACAGACUUCUUUUGGUAAACAAGGUCAGAACUGCAUGUAAAACUACUUGAAACUGGGUUCCUAACAAGCCGGGCUUAUUUAAUCUGACGUCCACGUCGAAGAUUUGGUUCAUCUUAUGGCUGUUUACAUAAGCCCGGUUAUCCACGAGAUUUAGCGAAGCGUGAGAUGAUUUUGAGAUAUUGAAAUAAGCAGACGAUCCUGGCAGUCGUAUAAUAACCACAACAAUAGCACGUGCUUAUUUGAUGUCACAAAGACUUAUCUCAAUACCUCAAAGUCCUCUCACGCUUCGUUGAAUCUCGGGUAACCGGCACACACACAGCCUUAAGGAAAAAUGAAAACUGAAUUUGUGAAAUUUCGAGAGACUUUAAUGCCCUGGACAAGAAAAAAUAUUUUUGGUUGUAAAAGCGCUGUUAAGUUAAAAUCUUCAAAACAGCCUAAAACAUACGGGAAUUACCCAUUUUUUAAUCGUAAAUUGUUAAAAGACUGGUACCGAGGGUUUCGGACUUGUGACGUAUGCAGACACAGCGGGUAUUCGUGACACAGCUGAGCUGCUUGCCUGCACGAAAGCAACACAACAUUACCGAUCGCGACUCGCAAGACAGUGACUUAUUUGUUGCAAAAAUCGCACGAUGUCCGAUAACGAAAGCUUGGAAUCACAGACGGCUAAAAAACAGUCGACAGAUAGCGAAGACGUUGCUGAACAGUCGCCUGUUGUACAGCCCUAUGAGCUUGAGCCGGCUGCCGAUAGCGAUUAUGAGGAAGAUGAGGUAGACGAAACUGACGAGGGCGGAAUUUUGCUCGAAGAAACACUCGAAGCAAAAUUAAAAAAAAAAGGAGCAGCCAGUUCGGGUGAAACAGCGGAUGAAAAGAAACUAGUACCUGUUGGACAAUUGUUCCGAUUUGCUGAUGGCAGAGACAAGUUUCUCAUGUUCCUUGGCGUGAUUGGCAGUAUAAUAUUUGGCGCUAUUGCACCAGUGCAAUGUGUAUUGAUGGGGGAACUUGUUGAUGAUUUCGUGGAUUUUACUAUUUGCCAAAAGAAUGCGAACUGCACUAAUCCACCUGACUUAGAAGACUCGAUGACAACAAUAGGGUUGUGGUAUGUCGGUUUCUCGAUUGCUAACUUCCUUUUUGCUUGGAUGGGAUUGGGUCUCUUCGGGUUAGCCGCUGAGAGGCAAGCACAUAAAAUGAGGUUGGCGUUAUUCCGAAGUGCUGUUCAUCAAGAAAUUGGAUGGUUUGAUGCUCACACUAGUGGUGAGCUGAUCAAUCGCUUGACGGAGGAUAUAAACAAGAUAGCUGAUGGUAUUGGAGCGAAAUAUGGGCGCAUAUUGUCAAGUAUCGUUUCCUUUAUCGUUAGUUAUGCAAUCGGCUUUGUUUAUGUUUGGCAGUUGACACUUGUUAUGUUUAGUCUAUUUCCGCUGAUGGUGAUUGUCGGUGCUAUGAUGUCGAAGCUUACAGGAACUUACGCCGCAAAAGAGUUGGAAGCGUAUUCUAAGGCCGGACACGUGGCGGAAGAAAGUAUUUCAUCGAUAAGGACAGUAGCAGCAUUUGGUGGCGAGUUAAAACAAGCAGAAUUAUAUGAAUCAAAGCUGGACGAUGCUGCUAAGUACGGAAUCAAGAAAGGUUUGGGAACCGGUAUUGGCAUGGGAUGUUUUCAGAUGGUGAACUACAUCAAUUACGCGCUUUCGUUUUGGUACGUUAUCAAGUUAACCCGAGACGGUGAUGCCACUGCUGGAGAUGGGAUGCUGGUAUUCUUUGCCGUGAGCUUAGGAUCAUUGAUGUUGGGGCAAGCGGCUCCCAGUGGCGAAGCACUGGCUGCUGCCCAGGGAGCUGCUUUUGCGGUAUUUCAUAUCAUCGAUAGGAAAUCCGAAAUAGAUGCCUCAGCUGAUGGCGGCCUAAAGCCGACGACUAUUAGGGGUGACGUCACUUUCUCGAAUGUCGAUUUUUCUUAUCCAACCAGAAAAGCGGUCAAGAUCCUUGGCGAUUUUAAUUUGGAAGUGAAAAGUGGAAAAAGGGUUGCAUUAGUGGGAGAGAGUGGUUGUGGAAAAAGUACGAUCGUCAAACUUGUGCAGAGAUUUUAUAAACCUCUUCGCGGAACUGUACUGAUUGAUGGUAAUGAUAUCUCAACAUUUAACGUGAGGCAUCUUCGUCGAUUCAUUGGCGUCGUUAACCAAGAACCGGUCCUCUUUGCAACAACCAUCGCAGAAAAUAUUGCAUUUGGCAAAGAAGGAGCAACAAAAAAAGAAAUUGAAGAAGCUGCACGGCUAGCAAAUGCACACGACUUCAUCACGAAUUUUCCUGACGGCUACGAGACUCUUUGUGGCGAACGUGGAGUUCAAAUGAGUGGUGGACAAAAGCAAAGGAUCGCUAUCGCGAGAGCACUCAUACGUAAUCCAAAAAUCUUGUUAUUAGAUGAGGCAACGUCGGCGCUCGAUUCAGAAAGUGAAGCAGUUGUUCAAGAAGCUCUUGAUAGGGCAGGAGAAGGUCGCACAACUAUUAUCAUAGCUCACCGACUAUCGACAGUGAGAGAUGCCGAUAGUAUCGCGGCUGUAAGCGAAGGUCACAUUAAAGAAAUUGGUUCGCAUGAUGAGUUAGUGGCAAAGAAGGGUCUCUACCAUACUUUGUUGAAAAUGCAGGAAAAAGGAAAGGACGAUGUCAGCGAUGAUGAGGAUGAUAUGAGAGCAGAAAACGAUUUUGAGAGGGGUGAAGCAAUUGAUGGAGCGUUCAAGCUAGGUUCUGUUGGUGGAAGUACAUUAAGCGGUUCAUUCGUUACGAAAACACAAAUUGAUGAUGAUGGAAGAAAACCAGUAUCAUUUAGGAGUUUGAUCAAACUGAGCGCUCCAGAAUGGAAAUACUUGGUUGUUGGUUGUUUUGGUUCGAUCUUGUACGGGACCUUUCCCUUUCUCUACGGAAAAGCUUAUGGCGGACUGUUUGAUACAUUUAGUUAUGAUCCGAAAAUUCCGGAUGAAAACGAAGAAAUGGAUGAUGAGAGCAAAAAGUGGGCAGUCGUGUUUCUUCUUAUCGGGCUAGAAAGUGGUAUUGGAAUAUUCUUACAGAAUUGGUAUUUGGCGAAGGCUGGUGAAGCGUUGACGAAAAGAUUACGAAAGAAAGCAUUUCUGGCAUUCCUUCGCCAGGAAAUUUCGUACUAUGAUCUUCCUAAUCAUGGAACCGGAGCAAUUUGUUCUAGGCUGGCGACAGAGGUUUCGUCUAUUCAAGGGGCAACUGGGCCACAACUUGGAUUACUUCUUGCUGGUAUUGUGACCGUAAUUGGUGGCCUAAUUGUUUCCUUAACUGCAUCUUGGCAACUGGCAUUACUCAUGAUGGCUUUCAUCCCCCUUCUCGUGGGAAGUGGGAUGUUCAUGAACGCCUUUUUCGGCUCCUCAAAAGAAUCCCUAAGUAGAGGUGGCAACACCGCUGAAGAGACGUUUUCUAAUAUCCAAACAGUCGUAUCAUUAGGAAGAGAGGAAGAAUUCUACCAAAGAUAUCAAGAAGAGAUGAUUAUUCCAUACAGACGGGCAAAGAAAACUAGCCAUUUUUCUGGGCUUUCCAACGGUUUUUUCUUUGGAAUCAUGAAUUUGAGCUAUGGAGCAGGAUUUCGUUAUGGCGGAUAUUUGGUUGAAGAAGGUGACGUCAAUAUAGAGGAAAUGAUGACCUCAAUAAUCACAGUAUUGAUUUGCUGUGUUGUGCUCGGACAACUGGCGUCAAUAACACCGGAUUACAAAAAAGCAAAAGAAGCAGCUGAACGAGUAUUUUAUCUCCUGGGUUCAGUCCCCGACAUCGACGUUUACUCAGAGGAUGGAUCGAAGCCGGAAACGUGCAACGGUGAGAUUACAUUCGCCGGUGUUAGAUUCCGUUACCCUACCCGACGAAACUUGAAAGUUCUUCGUGGUCUUGAUCUAACUGUUAAACCAGGUCAGACCGUCGCAUUGGUAGGAACAAGUGGGUGUGGAAAGAGUACAACAGUCUCAUUGGUCGAAAGAUUUUAUGAUACGAACGCGGGUCAUGUGAUGGUGGAUGGGGUUGGUGUGGGGCAACUCAAUUUGAAGUGGCUUCGACGUCAAAUAGGUGUAGUUUCACAAGAGCCGGUUUUAUUUGAUUUAUCGAUAAGAGACAACAUUGCUUUUGGUGACACGUCAAGAAAAGUUUCUGACAUGGAAGUAGAAAAGGCAGCGCAAGAGGCAAAUAUUCACCAGUUUAUCGUAUCCUUGCCUAAGGGCUAUGACACAAUUGUCGGAGACAAAGGGACCUUGAUAUCUGGAGGACAAAAACAGAGAAUUGCAAUAGCACGGGCUUUGAUUAGAGAUCCAAAAAUUUUAUUAUUAGAUGAAGCAACAUCGGCUUUAGAUACAGAAAGUGAGAAGGUAGUUCAAGAAGCCCUUGACAAAGCCAGUAUUGGGCGAACAACACUUGUUAUUGCUCACAGAUUGUCUACAAUACAACAUGCUGAUGCUAUUUGUGUAAUUCGCCAAGGCCGAGUGGUUGAGCGUGGAACUCAUCAUCAAUUGCUCGCAAUGAAAGGAAUCUACUACGCUCACAAUAAAGCACUAUCUUUGAAAAAGGAAUAAAUUCAUUACCUUAACUCUCUCUUUUCAUCCAUAAUAGGACUUGUUACCUUUUUUGAUAUUUUCAGUUAGUGUAUUAUAAUUUCGCAUCAUUUUCAAAAUAAACUUAGUCAUGUUUAAUAAACUAAG